AUGGCUUCUGCCGUAGCAGCUGCCGCCGCAACCACCACCACCACCACCACCAACAACAACAACACCAUCACCACCACCAGUCGAUCGGCAGUCUUUCAGUGCGAUUCUCCUCGUCAACCGAGCAGAGCAUCACUACCGACCGAUCGAGCUCUCGUAAGACCACCUCCACAUGCGACUGCGUCUGUACCUCCGCCACCUCCACCGCGAACGUCGGCGGCGGCGGCUGCCGCCUCAAUCUCGUCGAUGAUGCAGGCUGCAUGUGCUGCUGCAGCCUGUGCGGCUGCAGCAGCCAGUUCAGGCUACUCGGGUUUGAAUUCAACAUCAGCCACAAAUAAACAACAACAACAACAACAACAUCACCAUAACUAUCACCAUUAUCGUAAUCAUCAACAGCAGCAACAGCAGAAACAACAACUCAUUCCGCCAGCUCAACCCGUUCAAGCAUCUUAUGAUCCACUAUCAGGUAAUUAG